GGUCCUCCACCUCCCGCAGCAUCCUCCUGCAUUUCCGCUUCUCCCGGGAGCUGGCUGGGAGCACUGAGAUCCUGCAGGCCACCCUCUACCUGUUCUGGGCAGCCCCCAGCCCCGGGGCACAGCCUGUCACUGUCAGACUCCUGCAGCCAGACCCAGCAGGGCUGAACGCAACCGUGUCCAGUGAGACACGGCUGGAGGUGCAGAGCUCUGGCUGGACCACGCUGGAUGUGGGAGCAGCUGUCCGGAGCCUCUUCGGCCAAGGGACCCCACAGCUCACGGUGGAGCUGGAAGUGCCAGAGGACUGGGAGUCCCCACUACCAGCUGACCACAGUGAUUCCCACUGGCCAUUUGUGGUGGCCCAAGCCCAGGCCAGGACCCCCCACCGUGUCCAUCGUCGUGGCGUCGAUUGCAGCGGCAACUCGCGGAUGUGCUGCCUCCGGGAAUUCUUCGUGGACUUCAAGGAGAUCGGCUGGGAGGACUGGAUCAUCCAGCCAGAGGGAUACCACAUGAACUAUUGUGCGGGGCUCUGCCCGCUGCACAUGGCAGGGAUCCCCGGGCUCGCCGCCUCCUUCCACACCGCCGUCCUAAAAAAAAACACGGCUGCCCGGCCGGCCGCGGCCGUGGAUUCCUCCUGCGUCCCCACCCAGCGCCGCCCCCUCUCCCUGCUCUACUACGACCGCGACAGCAACAUCGUCAAGACCGACAUUCCCGACAUGAUCGUGGACUCCUGCGGCUGUACCUGA